AUGGAAUAAAUUCUAAUUCUAAUAAAAUAACUUUACAAUGAAAAUGAAGAAAUACGAAGGAUGGCUGAGUAAGAACUGAAUAAUAUUUUUAAUGAUUUUGAGAAAAUUAAAAUUGGGUUCGAAUGCUUGUGUGAUCAAAAGAUUGAAAAAUCACUCAGAGUAUAAUUUUUCAUAUAUUUGAAACAUUACCUUUAGCAAAAUUACAUUACCAUAAUAAUGAAUCAUAAAAUAGAAAUUCUAAACAUUUUACUAUUCUACUUAAAUAAAGUCGAUCCGUAGAUAAUUCCAUUAUUAUGCAAGUUGAUCAAUUAUAUGAUUUUAUAUACACCUGAUUCUACAUAAAUUAUAAUAUGCAUAAUGGAUAAACAACAAUUAGACUCUGCUUACAUCUAAUUGAUUACUGAGAUGAUGAGCAGCCAAAUUGUUAUAAAUAUAAUUUUAGUAAGAUUUUUUAACUCUUCAACGUCAAUGAUUAUCAACUAGUUGAUCAGAUACUAAAUUUUUACUUGUCUCUUACCAAUUCUUUAUUUUACUCUUUAGAAGAUGAUCAUUAUAAUGCUAUCAUAAAUCAAUAUUGCUAAUUAAUCUAAAAUAAUCCAUAAUAAUCAAAAAUACUUGAAAACUUUUCCAAAAUCAUAGUUCGACUCAUCAAAAAAAAGCUUCCCUCACAAAUUAUUCAAUAACAACAAAUAACAUUUAGGUAGAAUUACUGCUUACAGACUUUUAAAAAUUAUAAAUAAAUUAGUAGCAUUUUAAAAAUUUAAUUAUCAAUAACAAAGACAAUUACUAAUAUUUAUCGUCAUUAAUAUUAUAUAAUUAGAUUUUCAUGCCUAUUAAAACUUGUAUCUAAAUUUGGAUGAAGAGAAUGAGGAUGAUUACUAUUUACUUAAAAUUAGAAAUUUUGGGAUAGAUUUUAUUCUCUCUGUGUUGAAACUUGAUUCAGAAAAUUAUAUAUUUCAAGAAAUUUUACUCAUCUCUGAUCAACUUAUACCUCUAAAUUAGAGCGAAUAAAGUAUUUGUAUUAAAAAAGAAGCUCAUUACUUUAUUAUAUCAAAUUUAUUUUAUAGGAUACCCAUUCAUCAUUUAGAUCAACUCUUUUUACAGGAAUUACUUUAUUGUCUCAAAUAAAUCAAUGGUACCUACAUUCCAAUUAAGAUUUAGGUGUUGAUACUUUUAAAAAAGUUCAUCCUAAAACGACUGAUAACAAAUUAAUCUUAAAUUGAUUAUUUGAUAUCGAUUCUUUAAGAAUAAUUGUAAAUUAUAUCAUAAAUUAAUAAUCCAAAUUUGCUAUGUGCUAUGAUAGAUUUAUUGGUUUGCUUGUAAUUGUAUUAUCCUUAACGAAAUUGCCUAACUAAAUAAACAUAUUUAGAUUUAAAAUAAUAUUACUUCUCUCAGACCAAAGCCAUUUAUAAGUAGUGCAUUCUUAAAUGCAUGGCUGAACUGGAUUAAUUAAAUCUAGGAGAUAAUUCUAUCAUUUCAAUUAUCACAAAAGAAUUAUUAAAUGCUCAAUCGGAAUAGCAUUUAUAAAAAUAUCAAUUAAAAUUGCUAAUAGAUAUAAUGGGUGUUAUUGUAGAUAAGCAGUAUACAUUUUAGUUGAUGCUCUUUUAAAAUAUUAUUUUCUAGUUGGUUCAUAGUUCUCUCUAACAAUUUAAGCAUUAAUCAGCUAGUAUAGGUUUAUUAAAUGUAUAUUUGAAAAAGUUGUUAAUUCAGUAAGAGAUUAAAUCAACUGAGAGUGAAAAUUCCAUAAGGAUGAUUUAAUUAUUAAUGCUAGAUUGUUUGGAUGAAGAUUCCGAUCUUUUUGAGCUCAUAGUAUAAACAUAUUAUCUAAUUCUAUUGCAUGAUGUAGCAGAUUUGACGGUUACUCUUCAAUUUAUCACAAAAUAUGCUACACAAUUAAAGACUCAAAAUUUCUUGUCCUUAUUUUGUUUGUUUCUGUUUAGAUUAAAAUAAGGAUCGUUCUAAUUUGAAAUUUAAUAACUUUAUAAACAGUUAUAUGAGAAUAUUGAAUAAGAUGAUGGAGAAACAAGCAAUGAACUUUUGUGUGGAUUGUCUAUUCUAGAUAUAAAUUAAUAUGAGAUCAAAGAGAUAAUGCUAGGUCAACAAGAUGUUUUAUACACCAUGACUAAUAAAGCAAUCUAAUAUAUAACUUAUUAAAAUAAGUUUUAUAUAAAUUACUUGAUUAAUUUUUAUCAAUCCAUGAUUACUAAAAAGCAUUUAAUUUUUGAUAUGGAAUAGCUUUCCUUGAACAAUAGUUUCGUAGUAAAAUUGGAUGAAUUUGUUUCUUAAUUGGCAUUGAAAUAAGAGAAUACACAAUAUUCAAUAAUAAAUCAAAUAUAAAAGAUAUUUGAGACCAGUUACUCAAACAGUUUAUUUUUUUGCGAUUAAAUUAUUAAAAAAUUUUAAAUACCAAUAAUGAUAUAGGCUUAGGAUGAUCUAAAUUUAAAUGAAUUAACAUUAUAAUGA